CCGCGAGGCGGCGGCGCAGCCGGGCCCGCAGGCGGGCUCCGGGCACGGGGGCCGGGCGGGUGCGGGAAUCCCCAGGGGAACCGAGCGGGACCGACGGGCAAAGUGCGGGGACGCUCCGGGAGAGAAGAGGAAACCGUGGGGGUGGGACUCCGCCACAGAGCGGGAUCCCCGGGGCGUGGAGCGGCACUUCAGGGGAACACCGACCCGGGCGUGAGCGGACCGGGACCCCCCGGAGGCAAAGCGGCACCGCUCGGGCACGGUGCGGAGCCACGGGAGCGGAGCGCGGCCCCCGAGGGCGCUGCGGGACCCCAGGGGCACAGGCAGCGCCCGGCCCGCUGCGCGCCGCGACGGGAGCGGGGCCGGGGGAUGCCCGGGCCGGGGAGGGGACUGGGCUGAGCCCGCCUGCCGCCGCCUGCGCUCCCCUCCCACCUCGGGCGGCCCCGCGGAGCCGGCGGAGCGCGGCGGGGCGGCGGCCGCGGCUCCAGGUUCCAUGUAAUUUCAUUGGGCAACGGCAGUGGAACUCGUCUGUCCAAAAUGGUUUAUGGUGAAUUUUUCCGCAGACCUGGCAAAGAUGCAGAACUUAUCAAUUUGAAUGUGGGUGGCUUUAAGCAGUCAGUGGAUCAAAGCACCUUGCUCCGAUUUCCCCAUACCAGACUUGGAAAACUUCUCAAAUGCCAUUCAGAAGAGGCUAUUCUAGAACUGUGUGAUGAUUAUAGUGUGGCAGACAAGGAAUAUUACUUUGACAGGAAUCCUUCCUUGUUCCGAUAUGUUCUGAACUUUUAUUAUACGGGCAAACUUCACGUUAUGGAAGAACUUUGUGUCUUUUCCUUCUGCCAGGAAAUAGAGUACUGGGGGAUAAAUGAGCUGUUUAUUGAUUCCUGCUGCAGCAAUCGGUACCAAGAACGGAAAGAGGAAGGUCCUGAAAAAGACUGGGAUCAGAAGAGCAACGACAGUAUGGACUCUUCCAAUGAAGAGUCAUCCAUAUUUGACAAAGAGCUAGAAAAGUUUGAUAAUCUGUGUUUUGGUGAAAUAAGAAAGAAAAUCUGGGUCAGGAUGGAAAAUCCUGCAUACUGCUUGUCUGCCAAGUUAAUUGCCGUGUCAUCCUUGAGUGUUGUUCUGGCAUCAAUUGUGGCCAUGUGCAUUCAUAGCAUGCCAGAAUUUCAAAGGCUGGAUGCCAAUGACAGGGAGAUUGGAGACCCUGUGCUGGAAGCUGUGGAGAUUACAUGCAUCAUCUGGUUUACUGCUGAGCUAGUGAUCAGGCUCUUCACUGCUCCAAGUCAGAAGAAGUUCUGGAAGAAACCACUGAACAUCAUUGAUUUUGUCUCUAUUAUCCCAUUUUAUGCCACACUGGCUGUGGACACGAAGGAAGAAGAAAGUGAAGAUAUUGAGAACAUGGGGAAAGUGGUUCAGAUCCUGCGGUUAAUGAGGAUAUUUCGCAUCCUGAAACUGGCCAGGCACUCCGUAGGACUGCGGUCUUUGGGCGCCACUUUGAGACACAGCUACCAAGAAGUUGGACUCCUGCUUUUGUUUCUGUCAGUUGGGAUUUCUAUUUUUUCAGUGCUUGUCUACUCAGUGGAGAAAGAUGAUGACUCAUCAGAACUGCAGAGCAUCCCUAUUUGCUGGUGGUGGGCAACCAUCAGCAUGACCACUGUUGGUUAUGGGGACACUUACCCGGUCACGCUUGCUGGAAAGCUGCUCGGCACCCUCUGCAUUAUCUGUGGGAUUCUGGUGGUAGCACUUCCAAUCACCAUUAUUUUCAAUAAGUUUUCUAAGUACUACCAAAAGCAAAAAGCUAUUGAUAGAGACCAGUGCAACAAUGAUCGCAAAGAGAAAAGCAAUGACCUACCCUAUUUUAACAUUAGGGAUAUUUAUGCAAAAAAGAUGCACUCCUUCAUUUCUAGCCUUUCUUCAGUAGGAAUUGUAGUCAGUGACCAAGAGUCAACAGAUGCCUCCAGUAUCCAAGAUAUGGAGGAUGUUUAUAACACAGUAUCUUUAGAGAAUGGUACAGGAAAAUGAGUUGAAUCACGUUUGCUUCUCUUUAUUUCUCUUCUGAUUCUUGGUAAAUGUGGACUGACAAACUUCAGUGAAAUCAUUAAGAGCAGUUGAUUCUCAGGGUACUUAACUCUCAGCCAUAUUUGGAUGUUCUUUGCUCUGAGGAUGCCAUAAAAGCUUCAUUGUUUAUAUGAGGCUUUAAAAUAUGCCUCAUGUAGUGGUUUAGUUUUUACAUAACUAGUGUUAUGCAUUUUUGGGGACAAAAAGUUGGGAAAAGAGUUUUACAUGUGAGUUAAGUUGGUUUUUUUUUUGUUUUUAUUUUUGUUUUAUGGGUAUUUUCAUUUGAUUUGUUCACUGUUUUUCCCCUGCAGCAGUCUAAUGUCUUACACAGAAUUUGCUUUUAUAAUUUGCUGCUCUUCAGGUAGAGAUAUAUUAAAAAUGUGUAAGAACUAUUGCACAAGUUAGUGAAGUUUCCAUCUGCAAAUACAUUAGAUAAAUUAAGGACUUGUGUACAUGUAAAACUGUGGUUGCUAACACAUUUAUGUAAUUUUAGAGUUGGGAACCCAUUUCCUAAGUUGGGGCAGAAAAUAUAUUGAUACAUAUUGUUUUUACUCCAUGGAAGCAUAAUAUUAAUAAUUUCUUUCCAAAAGCACAAUACAUUUUUAGUUUGUUAAAAUAAAUUAUUCCCAUUGUGCCUGUAUUUUUCCUAGGAUCCAGCCAUGGCCAAGCUCUAUCAGGACCUGAAGGUUUUUAGUCAUAAGUUCCAGGAUGAAGUGUAAGCAGGAUAGGAGCUUUUUGUUCCAUUUAGCCACCUCUCCUGCUGUUAUGACCUUGAGCAAUUCUGGUGCCUGGAGGGGAUCCUGCUAUGGUAAAGGCCACCUCAGUGGCUUCCCCAAGGACUUAGAUUUGUGGGCACUGAAGCAAACAUCUGUGGUGGUCUUUGGAAGUCACUGCUCCCCAGUGCCAGCACAGCUGCCCCUUGCUGGGGGUUGCUGCCUCAGUGGUAGGAGCAGUGGGAGCAGCAGCUCGAUGCUGUGCUGGGUCUCUGUCCAGGGCUGAAGGGCCGAGCAGUGGAGAUGUGAGGACAUGCUCUUCUCUGCCACAUGUUGCCCAUCAGAGAUGUAGGGUGGGAAUUGCACCUGGGCAUCUGUAUUGGAACUAUUUCAGCUCAUUUUUCUAAAGCUCAUCUGCUGGUGGUGGCAGCUUUCCUGGUGUGUGCUGGAGCAGUGCUCAUUGCUUGGCAGAGUCCUGCAGCUCUCUGCAGCUCUCUGCAGCUCUGUCCCUCCUCUCCAGGGAUUUCUUAAGCAGCCAGCUAGCUCUGCUCUGUUUCAAGUAGUGCUGGAGAAGCUCAAGGACCUUAGAGUUUCAUGUGGACUGUAUAGUCCAUAGUGUUUCUGAACACUCAUUUUCUUUCAUUUGUCUGGUGACUAAAUUAGAUGCUGGGCAACAGAGAAUCGAAGACACUGUGAUGUCAAUAUUUGCCUUGAAGAGAGGUUUGACUAUUUUAUUUUUUUAAUAUUAUUGGGUCAAAUAUAGAAGCCUGUACUGAGCUUCUAUUCAAGAAGAUCAAACUCCAUAGAAAUUGACUUCAGAACUGAGUAAGAUGCCAGAAAAUGACAAUUAAUUUUGGCCUCUGCAGAAACUUGAUUUUUCAUGUAUCUGCCAGAUUUUCUAUUGCAAAAUGCAUUAAGUAAGUAACUAAGGUGCACUUAAAUUUGCUAAGGCACAGAGCUCUAACCUCUUUCUGAGAUGGAGAAACAAGAAAACAGGAUCAACCUAUACAUUGUAAAGAUGUGUCUCUCAGGACUGCUGUGCAUCAAUAUAGUGAUGUGGAACUUAAAGAAAAUAUUUUGAGCUUUGGAGGAACCUCAGAAUUCGGUUUGUUACUUGCUGACUGUUGUAAGGGUAUGUGAUGCUUCACAGACAAUUAAAGAUAAUUAUUCCCAUAGUUCUUGUAGGAAUAGCAAAAGGCAGAGUUAGCCUAAAUGUGAUUUGUUCUUGCUGAACAAUUAUUAAAAAGAUGCAAUGAUACAAAAUACUAAAUAUGUAUGUGCAUAUGAACCUAAUAGGAACCAGCAGAAUAACAGCAAAAAAAGUUACUGUCCAAAGAAAAUCUCUUGGUGGUGUCCAUGUAAAGAUAUAUUUAUAUAUAAAUUCCAUUGCCACUGAAGAUCAAAAGCAAUGAAAAAUACUGUAAUGCAACAAAACCUGCAAGGAAUGGUAUUAAAUAGUUGGAAAAGUGCUACUGAAAAAUUUAGUUUUGUGUAUCAGGCAUUACUGAAGGAUCACAGAAUAUACAACUUUGUGGAUUAAAUUCUGUGACUGGUAAUUUGUCCUAAAAUGGAUAAGCUUUUGAUUGAUCUCAUGAAUCAGUCUUACGGCUGUUACACUUUUUAAGUGCCCUGACUUUAUGCAUUGAUACAGCUUGCAGCAAAUUGAGAUAUCUUUUGGAACACAUCAGAAGGUGAAGUACAUAUCCAUAUAUCAUUUAGUGUACACUGUUUUGAUUUCUAUGAUGAGAUCUUGGCCUUUUUUGAAUCAAUGGUAUCUUAAAAAUGGCUUUCUUGUAUUCUUACCCCUUGCUGGAAUAAAUCCAGCACCUUGGUUUCACACAGGUGUGACUGUGAGCAGGAUGUGAGCUGUGCUUCAUGCCAAAAAGUAUUCCUCUCAAGGCAGAACUGCAGUGCUGGGACAUGGACUGGUGCUAGACAGUGUCACAAGCCUCGAGUGCCAGAAGGAAGGAGAAGAGAGCAAAGACUGAGAUACUGCACAUUCUAGGAGACUGUUUCUUAUUGAAUUUGUCUUCUUCCUUGGCCCACAGUGGCAUAUUGUUGAUUUGUGAUAUCAAUGUCUACAGAAAUAUAUUGGAUAUUGUUUUUCUUUUUUCCUGAACAACAUUUUUUUUGCUUUAAAAAAUGCUUCCUAAAUUCUCACCACCCAGCUGCUGUUUCAAACACCAAAGCACAGAGAAGAUUUCCAUUUAGACACGCAUCCCAUUUUGUUUGCGAGUGAUUUGUUCAUUUUUAUACAAAACAAUUUACUGGCAUGUUGUUGCUUUCUUUGUUUUGAUGCCAAACUCUUCCCUUUUGAUAUCCAGUAUUUCCACAGGAGCAUCCACCUUUGCCUGGCUUUCCCUAGUGUGUAAAGGGAAGGCAGCAGUGCUCUGCAUUGCAGCUCUCUUUGGGAGCCUUCCAGCUGGCAGGGGUAUCGCCCACUGCCCACAGCUCCUGCCUUGGUGGGGGCAGGCUCUGGUAUUGCCACUGGUUUUUGGGGUAUGGUAGUAGAGGAAAAGAAAUUCAGUGUAAAGGAAUUAGAAAAGAGAAAUGGGAGAAGGCAAGGACCAAUCAGUCAAUAGUCAAUAGAGAAACAUGAGAGGACCUCAGAAGAAGGGAAAAGAAGAAGUUGACAGAAAGAGUCCUCAUAUUUUUUCACUUAUUUCCUGUUUUUUUGUUUUUUCACCAGUACUUUUUUCCCCUUUCCUUCCUUCUCCCUUCCAUCCCCUCCUGCUCCUACCCUGGCCUCCCUUCCCAACCAGCCUGCAAUCCAGCAGUCUGUUUAUGCCCAAAAAUGAGGGUCUUUCUGAAUCCAGAAAGGCAAGUUCCAUCCACCUGGCUAGCAGCAAGCAGAACCCAGCAGGGAAGUAAUCAGUAAGCAGAGGCAGUGCUUUUUGUAAGAAGAGUCAGGGUGUUGCUCAGAUUGUGGAACAUAAAUGUGGGGCAAAUAAACAUCACAUUUGUGUCAGGCCUGUAAAUGAAAUACCUCUUAUGCCUUAGGUAGAAAUUCACAGUCCACAACCUGCUUCUGAAGGGGAAGGGCAGGUUCUGAUCUCUUUACUCUGGCGACAGUGACAGGACCUGAGGGAAUGGCCUGAAGUGGUGUCAGGGCAGGUUUAGGUUGGAUAUCAGGAAAAGGUUUUUCACCCAGAGUGUGGUUGGGCACUGAACAGGCUCCCCAGGGAAGUGGGCACAGCACCAAUCCUGACACAGCUCAAGAAGCAUUUGGGCAAUGCUUUUGGGCACAGGGUGUGAUAACUGGGGUGUCCUGUGCAGGGGUGGGAGUUGCACUUCAUUAUCUUUGUACGUCCCUUCCAGCUCAGCUGAUUCUGUGAUAAUUUCAGAUAUUACCAUUUAAAAGCAGACUUCUUGUUGAUUUCCAUGUGAAUGGGUUGCUGUCAGGGACUGCUGAGAGUAUCAGGCAGAUUUGACUGGCAAAUGCAGUCCACGGGCUCACAGCGUGCCAAGGGCUCCUGACAGGCUGCUGUGUAUUAAUACAUUUAUUCAUUUACCCAUAUUCCUAACAUCUAGAGCAAGUGACAAAAAACCACUAAGCUGUGGAGAGCUUCUCUAAUAUUUUCUGAUUAGCUGACAGUGUUUGUGAAGCUGUUAAUACUUCUUCAUCCGGAAGAGGACAUUUCUCAAAUGAAAUCACAAUAACACUGGGUUGGAUGUGCAGUUUGUGACUGAUAGCAGUAGCUCGGUCGCAGUCAGUAAAUAAUGCUGUCUGGUGCUGUGUGGCUGCAAUGCUGUUGCCUGUAUUUCUGAAAUGUUUAUGCUCUGUCAAUCAAGAGACAGCAGAUGCCAUUAAAACCAUCUCGGCACUUUGCAGCUGCACAAGAAUUGCAGCGUCUCUUCCAAGCACAGCAAAAUGUCAUGGCUUGCUGAGACCUUCUCUUUUAAUUUUGUGCAUAGUUAUAGUUAUUUUUUUCUAAUGAGCCUAUGGUCCAAGCAAAAUCUAGCAGAAGAAAAGGUCACUGUGGGUCUCUAGACAAGUUACAAGAUUUUACUGACUUUAACUCAGGGCAAUGCCCUCACAGCUCACUGGCACAACUCAGGUGGUGCAUAGAGGGGUAAUUCACCAUGGAAUGGGCUGAUGGCUGUUACAGGUGGGUAAGGAGUCAAGGCAGAGCUCCUUGGGGUGGAUAUAAUUUAUAUGUAAUUGUAUCUGCCCUCUGGACAGAGCUCAUUUAGGUAUAUAUCAGAUAAGGUAUGACACUAUUGCUGAGAAAACACCUACAUCUUACAUCUUUUUAAUGAAUAUAUUGCAGAGAGAAGCCUUUGCUCAUGUUUUUAUCAGGUCAAGGGCUGUGGCUCAAGGGUUCUUUAAUCCGCACAUCCAUCCGUUUUCUCCAAAUCACAUAUGCCAUUGGGAUGGAGAGACUUUGCAGCAUCCCCAACAGACCCAUGAACCUUUAGCCAAGGAUUUGGGUUCUCAGGAUGAGGGCUGGUGGUGGUGGGGAGCAUUAAGUGAGGGAGAACCAAUGCUGUGUGGUUUCAUGUGAUCUCAUUUGGACUCCCCCCAAAAGCUAGCUGUCUGUUAAGAGUCAGUAAUGACCUGCAAGUGGAAUUUCCUCCUGCAGGAAAUUACUGCAGCCUCCUGUAGUAAUUUAAAAAAACAUGUAAUAAAAUAUGAGAGGGAGCAAACUGGUCCUGGCAAAGAGGCAGGCGCAAUAUGCUGACAGUACUUUUAUAAAACAAAUUUGCAUUAUUUCUUGGCUUGUAAGCCAUAUAAAAUAUUCUUACUUUGUCAUGUGCUGUAAAAUCUGCCACUGUGCAUUAAUACAAAUAGAAUAAUGGAGCCAAGUCCUGGAAUUGCAUCAUUAAAGAUGGGAAAAAAAAUCUUGGCUCAAGGAAAUUGCAGAAAUACUGUUUAGCUGCCACUGCUGUUUUAUUGUUGCAGCUGCAUCAGUGGUGAGAAGGAGCAAGGGACCAUACACAAGCAGUGGUAUGCAGGCUUCCCUUUCUUCCUUUGCCUGUUUAACACUGACCAUACAGGCUCAGGCACCCCUGUAGCCUUGAGGGCUGCUCAGCAGACCCUUCCUGGGACCCAGUGUGAAGCCAGUUGUCCCUAGAGAGGAAUGUGCUUGUGCAGGAAAAUAAUGAGGCCUGUAUGAAAUAGCCUUUGGAGAGGUAAAAUAGUAUCACUGAAUUUUGACACCCUCCUAUAUCUCUAUGAGACCUGGGAGAGAAAGCAGAAAUAAGGAAGAAGUUGAAGGGUCAGAUAUUUAACAGCAGCCAUUUGAAGGCUACUUUGUGUUAUGUUAAUCCAAGGGCUUUUAAUGAAUUAUAGGUAAUACAGAAUUCUGUAUUUAGCCUUGAACCCAUUCCAUGAGGUGGAAUAAUGUAUUGUCUUCCCACAGGCUUUGAGUUACAGCUACAAUAUGUGCUUUUCUCUGAGCCAGUUUCUAGAUGUGAUGCUGUCACUGCCUUUCAGGCUGACUGGACUUUGGAUCUUUCUGAAGCAUUGCAUGUGCCAUAAAUCAUCCUUGCAGCUUCCACCCCAUUUCCUAGAAACCUGGAAACUAUAAGCAUGAAAGAGUUCAAAGUAGUAGUUUCUCUGGCUCAGUGUUAUUUUUUGACAGCAUCAAAUGACAUGCAUUUCAUGAAAAGAGAUUUUCCCUGCUCCUGAAUUUUGUACUUCAGGACUUUGGGUAUUUUUUAAAAUAAAGUAUUUGAAGAGCGGCUUAGGUCCUGAGACGUAAUUUUAUUCCAGGCAGCGUAACCUCAAGUACACAACUAAGUAUUCAUUUCUUCAGUUUACACAGUUGCAAUUUUACAUAUUUGCAUUGUGUAUCUUUGGGGUGAAAAGUGCUGAAUAAAUAAUUCCAGGUGCCAGAAAGCUCAUUGAGAGAAUUCCUUAUGAACCAGAAUGAUCCUGGUGUCAGACAGCAUGGCUUUUUAAGUCUCUUCUGUGGAAGGCAAAACACUUAUUUCCUUAGUUCUCUAAAUAUUUUGGGAGGGAUGGAAAAAAAGCCUUGCCGUUCUGAUGGAGGGCAUUGAAAGAAAUGAAGGGCACAAUGAAUUUAAGGUGGUUAAAUGGGAACAUGAGUUUUUCGUAAAUACCUCACUUCCCUUGGGACAGUAAUUUUCAUGUUGUUCCAAGUUUGUUUUUUUUUUUUUAAAGGCAAAACCACAGCUACCCAAAACUCCACACUGGUUUUCCUUGUUGGGUAUUUUAAAGAUUAAAUUAGUUCCAGUUAGAGGUAUAGAAAGAGCUAGCUGGUGGGUAGGAUGGAGGGAGGGUAUGUGUGUGUGGAGUUUUUAUAAUUUAUUUUUAUAUUCUAUGAUUUUGCCUUUGGCAUCACACACUUUUGCAUUGGCAUUUUUUUUUUGUAUUGACUGAAGAAUUGAAAUAAAUAAUAGACAAUCUUUAUCUGUAGAUUUCUUUUAGGCCACUGAAUGUGAAUGAAAAGUUAGAUUUCAGCAUUUCAAUCUUGACAGUGAAUUUAAAAAUUCAUCAGAAGCAUUCCUAAGCAACAUAAAAAUUUACACAUAAGUAUGGCACAUUUAACGUAUCUCAAGCCACAAAACUAAAGUUCUGGCAGUGUUCAGUGAAUGAAAGGUUAAUAAAAAUGCAGGUGUUAAUCUGCUUUUGUUCUAGUUGCAUAUUCUGGUGCAGCAAUGUACUCUUGGCUCUUAGGCUGCCUGUAAAUGGGAGUCUAGUGCUUCUGGAAUUCCAUGUAUCUAGCCUUAUGCAGACUGACUGGACAGCUGUCAGAGCAUUAUUGUGCAGAGCAUUAUUGUGCUGACAGCUACCUGUCAGCAAAAGUAACCUCUGCUAAUCUGCCCAGGAGCUGCUGCAUUCCAGAGGUGUGCAGGGAGAACAGGCAAGUGGGACUGUGGGGCUUUGCCAAAGGCACUUGCAGCAGAAUUGCUGGGUUUUGUUGGCCUGCUUUCAUUGCCUUGUCACCUGCUGAAGACAUUUCUGUUCUCCAUUUAAUGUACCAAUUAAUCCCAAGAGGAUUUAUGGUAUCUGGA